UUGUGACCCCUCGAAUUUUGGACAAAUUUGAUAAUUUCCCUUUGGCUACGCCCCAAUCUCAGGGAGUCGCACCCAUCCUCCCGCUGCUCUACUAAUCCUUCUCCUCCGCCGCCGCCGCCGCCGCCGGCUGCUCGCUCCACGGUGAGCUCAUUGGCGUCAGACUCCUUGUUUCAACGCCCGCCAACAUCCGCCUCUGUUGUGCCCUAAACCGGUCGCUGCUCCCAAGUCAACUCCGUCCUCUCCCAGCAAUCCCUCUUUUGUGAUUGGAACAUUGAUUCGUAAUCGAGUUUUUUUUCCUUUUUAAAUCUAAAAGCUCCUUUUCCAUUACGGAAAGUUUCUCUGCCUCUGCAUCCGUUCCAGCCACGUGCCUCCUUCCUCGUGUCUCUGCUUGCGGUGCAUCCAACAUUGGACAGCAUUGUUCGAGCGAGGUUUGCUUCAUCCCUUCGAUCGUGAUCCGUCGAGGAUGCUGCAGACAACUGGAUUCGGCGCCCACUUGGUCUCCGUGUGUUGCUAAGAGGGGUCACUUGGCAUUACGCCGAUCUUUUUCUUAGCUUAGGACUUUUAGGUUCUUUAUCUUUACCCCCCUCUCUUCUCUUCAUGCAGCUCGAUGCGAUGGGGGAGUAAGAGAUCGAGCAAUUGGAGAUCUGAUCCAGUCAAUUGGAGGUCUUCUCUUGGCGUUGUAAGUCGAGAAACCAAGGAAUUCCCGACGCGCAACAGAUAUUUCCCUUCAGAUGGGGGAACAUCGCCUUGCCGAAGAUAGUUCCAUCAAUGGUGGAGCUCCGAAACUGGAAAACAUUCACAAAGUUUCACUCAUACCUCUUGUCUUUCUCAUAUUCUAUGAGGUCUCUGGUGGCCCCUUUGGGAUAGAAGAUAGUGUUCAAGCUGCUGGUCCACUUCUGGCUAUACUCGGUUUUCUUGUGUUUCCCUUCGUAUGGAGCAUUCCUGAAGCGUUGAUCACUGCCGAGAUGGGUACCAUGUUUCCAGAAAACGGAGGUUAUGUAGUGUGGGUCUCCUCAGCUUUGGGCCCUUUUUGGGGUUUUCAGCAAGGUUGGAUGAAAUGGCUUAGCGGUGUCAUAGACAAUGCUCUGUAUCCAGUCCUCUUCUUGGACUACUUGAAGUCUGGUGUUCCGGCUUUAGGAGGUGGACUUCCAAGAGUAUUCGCUGUGUUAAUUCUAACAAUUGCACUGACGUAUCUGAACUAUAGAGGGUUGGCCAUUGUUGGAUGGAUGGCUGUGUUUCUUGGGCUCUUUUCGAUUGCUCCUUUCGUUUUAAUGGGGUUAGUGGCAAUUCCAAAACUCAGGCCUGCAAGAUGGUUAGUUGUUAAUUGGCGCAGUGUUGACUGGAAUUUGUACUUGAACACACUUUUCUGGAACCUUAACUAUUGGGAUUCGAUCAGUACUUUGGCGGGAGAGGUGGAUAAUCCAAAGAAAACUCUGCCGAAGGCCCUCUUUUAUGCACUGAUUCUAGUGGUUGUUGGCUACUUAUAUCCCCUCCUUGCAGGUACCGGAGCCAUCCCCCUCGAUAGGGAGUCAUGGACAGAUGGUUAUUUCUCCGAUGUCGCCAAAAUCCUCGCUGGGGUCUGGUUAAGAUGGUGGGUGCAAGGGGCUUCAGCUCUGUCCAACAUGGGCAUGUUCAUCACCGAAAUGAGCAGUGAUUCUUAUCAACUCCUUGGAAUGGCGGAGAGGGGCAUGCUCCCGGAGUUCUUUGGUAAGCGAUCCCGCUAUGGAACACCUCUCGUGGGGAUACUGUUUUCUGCUUCGGGUGUGCUCUUGUUGUCAUGGAUGACUUUUCAAGAGAUAGUAGCGGCCGAGAACUUCCUCUACUGUUUCGGAAUGAUUUUGGAGUUUGUGGCCUUCAUAAAACUACGACUGAGCUACCCGAAUGCUCCUCGCCCAUAUAAAAUUCCUCUAGGGACAGUUGGUUGCAUUUUGAUGAUCAUCCCCCCUACGGUGUUGAUAUGUGUAGUUCUGGCUUUUGCCACCUUCAAAGUUAUGACUGUGAGCAUUUUUGCGAUGCUAGUCGGGUUCAUUCUUCAGCCUUGUCUGAAACAAGCAGAAAAGAGGAGACUCUGGAAAUUCCAUACAAACUCAAACCUUCCUGAAUUUAGGGAAGCUGAGCAUGACAUUAGUACUAUCGAAUCGUUGAUAGGUUAGGUUAGCCGGCGAUGCUUUGUUUAUGAUGGAAUUUCCCUGGAUUCGCUGAACUCAUUGUUGAUUGAAGCUCAUUUCCUUCUAUUUUCUGGCUUGGUUGCUAAUAAAGUUUGAUCUCUUCUCAAACUUCUGCAAUGAUUUGUUGUAUCAUCAGAGGAUUUGCUCGGCGCCCUGUGCUUGUGAAGGCGAGAAGCCUUUCACUUGGAUGGUUUCAUAGCCGCCUUCAUCGGAACUCUUGGGACUUAUCUACGAGGGUACCUUCAUUUUUGAACGAGGUGAAUGUGUUUUUUCAUCUGUAUUGACACUCGCUUAGCUAUAGCAGCCGCAUUGUUGUGCAACACCCAAUCAUUGCCUCGGCGAGGCGACGUAGUGUGGAGCGGUUAGCCAUUGAGGCUGCGGAGAUGCAAUGUGAUUAUUUAAACUGCUCUCCAAGCUGAUCGACUUUCCAGUGUAGAAGCAGCAUUUUAGACCUAGAAGAGAUCCACGAACCCUUGUUUUAAUUUCUAAAUACCCAGAAUUCUUUA